GAGCUCAACAAACUUGUUAUAAAUUGCACUUUUGUGAGAGGAUUGACUCAGACUAAAGAGUAGACUUUGAUGAAAAAGACGUAUUUUUUUGUGAAAUUCAGUUAAUUUUUGUGGGCGGAGUGGAGUGCAAGACAUCUUGAGUUUAUGAAAGAUUAAGUUUAUUGUUGAUAAUAAAAAAAAAAUAAAAACUCGUGCUGUUUAUUAAGAAUUUUCGAUAAAAAAAAUCAAGUUUAAGGCCAAGCGGUUAUUAUCUUGUGUAGAACUUAACAUAUUGCAAAAACUAUAAAUUCCUGACUAUAAAAAUGGAUAUUUUACUUAUAAUAAUUUGGAUCGUCAUCUUCGUUGUUUGGUAUUAUUACGUAAAAAUUAAAAGACGAUACGAUGAGUUCGAUGGAUAUGGAAUUCCAUACGUUGGUCUGUUUGAAGGAUGGAAGAACAUGUUCAAUCUUAUCACAUUAAAGGAAAGCUUCAUCGAUCUUAUUGACAAAAAUUACUUCAAACACAAGGAUCAACAAAUCGUCCCAAGCUUCGAUUUAUCCCAACGAGCAUUGAUGCUCCGUGAUGCAGAGCUAGUCAAGCAAAUUACAAUCAAAGACUUUGACUUCUUUGUUAAUCAUGACAGAAACUUUAAUGAAGAAAUUGACAAACUUAUGGGAAAGAUGCUUGUUGUCAUGGUUGAUGAUGAGUGGCGCAACAUGAGAAAUGUCUUAAGUCCAAUCUUCACGAGCAGUAAGAUGAAGAUGAUGUUUGGGAUCCUUUCAGAUUGUGCAAGUGACUUUAUUGAGCAUUAUGAAGAGAAAGCUAAGAAUGGAGAAAAAGUCAUCAUCGACUGUAAAGAGACGUUUUCAAGGUUCACAGUCGAUGGAAUCUGCUCAGCAGUUCUUGGAUUCAAGGGCGAUUGCGUUAAGAAUGAAAACAGUGAGCUCUUCAAAUUCACAACAACUUUACAAACCCCAACAUUUAAGGACAACAUGAAGACUUUACUUUUUGCAUUUGCUCGCAAACUUUAUGUCUUAUUGAAACUUCAGCUGACCAAAAAGGAAGUUUAUGACUUUUUCUACAAUGCAAUUGUCAAAGUGAUGAAGGAACGCGAGCAGAGUGGAAUCUUCAGACCUGAUGUGAUUCAGCUUCUCAUGCAAGCCAAAAAAGGUCAACUUGAGGUCCAGGACAAGGAACAUGAAGUCAACGAAGCUGAAUUGUCAAAUUUUUCAGCUAAUAUUGAGUAUGAUGUGAAGGCAAAGAACACAAAGUUGACAAACUGGACUGAUGAGCACUACAUGGCACAAGGAUUUAUCUUCUUUGCUGCUGGAUUCGACACAACUCAGCUAUUGCUUCAAGUCACAAGUUUAUGUUUAACAAGAAAUAAAGAAGUGCAAGAAAAAUUAAUUGAAGAAGUUGACGAAGUCGUUGCAAGCCUUGAUGAAGGUCAAGUCACGUAUGAAGCAUUGCAUAAGAUGAAGUACCUUGAUAUGGUCAUUAGUGAAGCUUUAAGGUUCUGGCCUCCAGCAAUAUUGACAACCAGACAAUGCGAACGUGAUUAUACAUUGAAGCUUAAUCAUGGAAAGAAUCUUAAGCUUGAGAAAGGUGAUAUGUUGACUAUUCCAAUCUAUGCCAUGCAUCAUGACCCAAAAUACUUUGAGGAUCCUGAGAAGUUUGAUCCCGAAAGGUUUAGCGAUGAAAGGAAGGGAUCAAUUGUUGAUGGAUCUUAUGUGCCUUUUGGAUAUGGACCGAGGGUCUGCAUCGGAUCCCGAUUUGCAUUAAUGGAAGCAAAGUUGCUGCUUUUUAACAUUCUAAGGAAAUUUACAUUCGAAGUUUGUGACAAGACACCUGAAAAGUUGGAAAUGGCCAAGAAAAUUGGACAAUUUGUAUUCGUGGAUCCAGUCGUUGUUGAGUUGAAGCCAAGGAACUGAUUUUUUAUCCGACUGUAAUUUUUGAAUUUUCAUUUAUUUGUACUUAAUGGUAAUAAUUUGGAUAAUGUUCAAUAAAAAUUUGUAUGUACAAAAAACAA